UGUGAUUUAUCAAAUAAUUAAAAACUCAAAUACGAAUUCAGUAAAUUAACAGGUAUUUCCUUAAAUCAAAUUCAUUACAGGUUUGAAAGCAACGAUUAACAUAUUUCUUUAUGAGGUAUAAUAUAAUUUUCAUGUGACAUGUAAAAUGAAUCCUUUAACGAAUGUAAAAAAUAUAAAGAAGCUUGGAGAACAGGAAUUAUUAUAUGAUAGAAAAACAUCUUGGCAUGAUCAAUACAAAGACAGUGCUUGGAUUUUUAUUGGAGGUUUACCAUAUGAUUUAACAGAAGGUGAUAUUAUAACUAUAUUUUCACAGUAUGGAGAAGUAGUAAAUAUAAACUUAAUACGGGAUAAAGAUACAGGAAAACAAAAAGGAUAUGGUUUCUUGUGUUAUGAAGAUCAAAGAAGUACCAUAUUAGCUGUUGAUAACUUCAAUGGUAUUAAGAUUUUAGGUAGAACGAUAAGAGUUGAUCAUGUAGCAAAUUACAAAGCUCCAAAAGAUUCAAAGAAUAUUGAUGAAGAGACUAAACGAUUAAGAAAAGAAGGUUGUGCUCCAAAAAACACAUAGGGUAAUAAUUAUAAUUAAUCAUCGUACAUCAUUUUUUCAUAUGAAAACUACAUUCACGCACCUAUUGUUGCUAGCGAAACGCUGAUAAUCUUUUUUUUUUAUCUUUAAUAAUUUUAUUUUCCGCUCUAAACUAAACGUUUUACAAUUAUUAUAUUUUUGGUAUUUUAAAAUAUUACAAAGACAAGUUAGAGUUAGCCCAACAAGAAAAUGAAUGAGUUGAUGAAUUUCGAAUGAACAAUGAACAAUAAUUAGGCGGUGUCUGGCCUUUUAUAGUAUCGCUUAUUUUCCUGGUUGGUUCGUGUGGUUGUUUACAGUUUCUCGCUCGUAAGAAUAUAAAUAUGUAUUUUAUGUUUAUCUGAUUAUUUAAACAUAUUUGUUAAGAGAAGUGCGUAUUUCAUAAUUACAAAUAAAACAUUUUUCAAAUUUUUUAUAAAAUAUUUAUUUGUAAAAAAUUAUUACUAAAAUUAUAAAUAUGAAUUAAAUUUUCGAACUAUAUCCAAUCGUAUAUACAAGAAAUGAUCAAAUAAUAUGAGUGUUUUAAAAGUAUUUAAUAUUUUGUAAUUAAAAUAAUAUUAUGAUGCUUUUAAUUUAUAUUUCUUGAAAAGUAAGUAAUAAAAGGAUUAAAAACAUUUCAAAAGAUCGUUAAUUACAAUAGUGAUAAAUAUACAGUGUCUCAAAAAUACCGAACAACCCGAAAAUCGCAAAUUCUCCUCGUGAAAACAAAUCGAAAAUUUCUUACCAUUUUGCAAUUUAUGCCUUUGUUUUGAAGAUAUAAGUAAUUGAAAAUUGGAACAACGUUAGUCAGACAGAGAGGUCCAUGGGACAGGUAUGGGGUAUAGGCGAAAGGAUCUUUGAAGAUAGUUUUAGGAGUAGAAUGUUUAUGUUUGAUUACCUUAUAAAGGAAAUUUUGUUACAUGGAGUGGAGAUAUUCGGAUGGCAGAAGAGGUGCUAACGGAGAGAGGUAGAGAAAUACAAGGGACAAAAAAGGCUAAACAAGAUUAAGGAAGCGAAAUAUAAUGAAAGGUAUCAGCAUAUUGUUUGUUAUAUACUACCGGAGUACCUGAUAAAAAGGGGAAGAGGCAAUAGCCAAAAAUUGCUGGCAAGAGUCAGGUGUGGUAACAUGGAGUCUUAUAAUAAGUACUGGGAAAAAGUAGCAAGAAAAGAAUUUGCAGGAUAUGUGAACAGUUGCAGGGUUGAGAACAUUGUAACAUUGGUUGAAAGAAUGUGACGAAAUAGAGAAGGGGGUAUGUUCUUACAAGGGGAACUACCCAAGUGUUACGCUCACUUAUUAAUGAAACUUUGCCACCUUGUAGAGCUCGUCGCCCUAAACACGCCUAUACCCCCUUUUGGGGGCAGACGGCUAAUUGUUUAAAAGAUAUUAACAAUUAAAGUUAGUUACUACUUACAUUGAGAAGCAUGACAAACUAACACAUAUAAAUGCUUAGCUCCGCGGUAAAACGCUUGACUCACAAUCUAACUGUCCACGGUUCAAGUCCAUGGUUCC